AUGUUUCUGCAGCGAGGAUCAAGAGUGCUGAGACGGCAAUGGGGGGCUUCCAAGGCCAUGGGCAAGAUGGCCCUGGGAAACACAACGCCUGCGGCCCCGCGGUGGUUCUCGGAGUCGAGGAGGUUAUAUGCCGUCAAGCCGGUGUUGCUGGCUGACAUUGGCGAAGGCAUUGUCGAGUGUGAGGUCAUCCAGUGGUUCGUCGAGCCCGGCGCGCACGUCGAGGAAUUCUCCCCUCUGUGCGAGGUCCAGAGCGACAAGGCGUCUGUAGAAAUCACAAGCCGCUUCGCCGGCGUCGUCAAGAAGCUAUACUACGAGACGGGCGAGAUGGCCAAGGUGGGCAAGCCGUUUGUCGACAUUGACAUCCAAGGCGGGGCCGAAGCCGACGACGCCGGCGCGCCCAAGGCGGCCGAACCAAGCAAGGACGGAGCCUCAUCUUCAACACCAGCACCCGAGCCAAAGCCGCAUCAGACCGAAGCCAGCGCGCCGGCACAGGUACAGAGCAGUGAGGCCCCCAAGCCCAAGGGCAAGGCCGCGGCACUGGCGACACCAGCGGUGCGACAUCUGUCCAAGGAGCUGAAGAUUGACAUCCUCGACAUCGACGGCACGGGCAAGGAUGGCAGGGUCCUGAAAGAGGACAUUUACAAGUUUGUGCAGCAGAGGGAUGCCAGUGCCAGCGCAUCGGCGGCUUCACAGUCCGCAUCUACACUACCGGGACAGCAGCUACCACAGGCUCCCAGCGGCGUGCAGACAGAGACCAGAGUCCAGCUCACCAACACGCAGCAGCAAAUGUUCAAGACCAUGACGCGGUCACUCAACAUCCCCCAUUUCCUCUACUCGGACGAGGUCGACUUCACAGACCUCGUCCACCUCCGCUCUCGCCUCAACAAGGUCCUCUCCCAGACGCCGGCCGCCCCUGGCCAGGUCACCAAGCUCUCCUACCUCCCUUUCAUCAUCAAGGCCGUCUCCAUGGCGCUGUACCAGUUCCCCAUCCUCAACUCACGGGUCGACAUUGAUCCCGCCACCAACAAGCCCUCCCUCAUCAUGCGCUCACAGCACAAUAUCGGCGUAGCCAUGGACACCCCCUCGGGCCUGCUCGUGCCCGUCAUCAAGGACGUCGGCUCCCUCAACAUCCUGUCCAUCGCCGCCGAGCUCACGCGCCUGCAGGGCCUCGCCGUCCAGGGCAAGCUCACGCCCGCCGACUUCUCAGGCGGCACCAUCACCGUCUCCAACAUUGGCAACAUUGGCGGCACGUACCUCAGCCCCGUCAUCGUCGAGCGCGAGGUGGCCAUCUUGGGCAUCGGCCGCAUGCGCACCGUCCCGGCCUUUGACGAAAACGACAACGUAGUCAAGAAGCACGUGUGCAACUUCUCAUGGAGCGCCGAUCACCGUGUCGUCGACGGAGCGACCAUGGCUCGGGCCGCUGAAGUGAUUCGCCGCGUGGCGGAGGAGCCGGACGUCAUGGUCAUGCAUCUAAGGUAA